GGAGUCAUAUAGAGAUGUUGAAGAGAUUUAAGGUGUGGACAUACAAAGAAGGAGAUUUACCAAUGAUACACAAUGGACCUAUGAAAAAUAUAUAUGCAAUUGAAGGUCAUUUCAUUGGUGAAAUGGAGAGUGAAAAUAGACAUUUUUUAGCUUCACAUCCUGAUGAAGCUCAUGUCUAUUUUAUACCAAUUAGUGUUGCAUAUAUUGUUCAAUAUGUUUACUUGCCAAUUACCACAUAUUCUAGAGAAAGAAUUCAAAGGAUUGUAGAAGAUUAUAUUCAUGUUAUUGCUAACAAGUAUCCUUAUUGGAACAGAAGCAAUGGUGCUGACCAUUUCUUGGUUUCUUGCCAUGAUUGGGCACCAGAUAUUUCCAGUACAAAUCCAAAGCUCUUCAAGAAUUUCAUCAGAGUGUUAUGCAAUGCCAAUACUUCAGAAGGAUUUCAACCAAAAAGAGAUGUAUCAUUGCCUGAGAUUUAUGGAUUACCAAAUAUUGAUGUAACACCUCCAGACCAUGGCCUAAAUCCGAAAAAUCGAUCGAUUCUUGCAUUUUUUGCUGGUAGAUCACAUGGUUACAUAAGAGAAAUAUUGUUCCAACACUGGAAAAAUAAAAAAGACGAUGAAAUUCAUGUGUAUGAGCACCUCCAGGAGGGUCAAAAUUACACGAAAUUAAUGAGUCAAAGCAAGUUUUGCUUAGCACCUAGUGGAUAUGAAGUUGCAAGUCCAAGAAUUAGUGAAGCAAUUUAUGCUGGAUGUGUUCCAGUAAUAAUUUCUGAUAAUUACUUCUUGCCAUUUAGUGAUGUUCUUGAUUGGAGUCAAUUUUCAAUCAAUGUUCCAAUUGAGAAAAUUCCAGAAUUGAAGACAAUUUUGAAAGGGAUUUCUUGGAGUAAGUACUUGAAAUUGCAAAAAAAUGUGAAGAAAUUACAAAGGCAUUUUAAAGUAAAUAGGCCUUCUAAGCCAUUUGAUGUAAUUUACAAUGUGCUUCAUUCAGUGUGGCUAAGGAGACUCAAUUUUAGACUUGCUAAUUGA